AUGGGUGAAGCAGAGUUACCAGCGCAGAAUGCUGGCUCAUCAACUUACACCCCCUUCCUGCUACGACUAUACGACCUGAUAGUUCUCAGCAUAUCAAACAACUACGCGUGGAAGUGCUCGACGGAAAAAGUACAACUACCCCUUUUCAAAUCUGCUCUAGGAACCAAACAUCUUGAUGUCGGUGUUGGCACGGGAUACUUUCCUGCCAACGCCGUCAGGGCACAAACCUCCUGCAAAGAGAUUACACUCGUCGACCUCAACCCCAAUACGCUGAACCUGGCGGCUUCUCGCAUCACUGCUUCACAGAAGAGCAUCAAAGUACACACCGUCGUGGCCGAUGCGACCGAACCGCUGCCACUGCCGACAGGCGCCACAUUCGACUCCGUGAGCAUCUUCUACUUGCUACACUGCAUUGCCGGGCCGCCUGAGAAGAAGAACAAGGUGUUCGAUCUGUUGAAGGACUACGUCUCCGAGAACGGCGUUCUGGUGGGAACAACCAUCUUGGGAGAGGAGAGGCCGAUGAACUGGCUUGCGAGACGACUCAUGACCAUCUACAACGACAAGGGCAUAUUCGACAACUGGAAGGACAGCAGGACCGUGUUCGAGGAGGGCUUACGGCGGAACUUUGGCGAGGUGGACAUCCAGAUCAUCGGCAGGAUCAUGGUGUUUACCGCGAGGAAUCCCAAAAGGGCAACAUAG